AUUACAACUGAUGGGAAACCCAAGAUAAUUGAUAUAAUUGAUACAACAGGCAGUGGAGAUGUAACUACAUGUACCAUUGUAGAACCUAAAGAUGGGGAAAUCACUGGUCUUUCUGGAAGAACUUUAAAGAUUCCAGCAAACUGGGUAAAUCCUUCAGGCAAAUAUCACGUUGGCAUAAAAAAUGGCUAUGACAUCUACCCUAAAGCUCUUAAGGAGAGGAUUCAGAAAGAACGCAAGGAAAAGCUCUGGGAUCCUGUUCACAGGCUGGCUCUAGCAGAGGCCUGUAGGAAACAAGAAGAAUUUGAUGCUGCUCACAGCUCUCCCUCCCAGGUAAAUAAGCUAAUAAAGGAAGAACUUCAAAAUCAAGUAGAACUGUUGAAUUCCUUUGAGAAAAAAUAUAGUGAUCCUGGCCCAGUAUAUGAUUGUGUAGUAUGGAAUGAUGGUGAGACCUGGAGAGCCUGCAUAGAUACAAGUGAGAGUGGUGACUUAAGUAGCUGUACAGUGCUGAGAACCUACAAAGAGGCUCAGGAAUAUGGAUCUUUCGGAACAUCUGAGAUGUUGAAUUAUUCUGUUAAUAUAUAUGAUGAUGGAAACCUUCUUUCCAUUGUGACAAGUGGAGGAGCACAUGGAACACACGUGGCUAGUAUCGCAGCUGGAUACUUUCCAGAAGAACCAGAACGAAAUGGUGUGGCUCCUGGAGCUCAGAUUCUUGCAAUCAAGAUUGGUGAUACAAGACUAAGUACAAUGGAAACUGGCACUGGUCUAAUAAGAGCUAUGAUAGAAGCAAUAAAAUACAAAUGUGAUCUUGUCAACUAUAGCUAUGGAGAGGCAACACAUUGGCCAAAUGCUGGGAGAAUUUGUGAAGUAAUUAAUGAAGCAGUGUGGAAACACAAUGUAAUCUAUGUUUCAAGUGCAGGAAAUAAUGGCCCUUGCCUUUCUACAGUAGGAUGUCCUGGGGGAACUACAUCUAGUGUAAUAGGUGUUGGUGCCUAUGUAUCACCUGACAUGAUGGUUGCUGAAUACUCUUUAAGAGAAAAACUGCCAGCAAAUCAAUAUACUUGGUCAUCCAGAGGGCCUAGCACUGAUGGAGCCCUUGGAGUAAGUAUCAGUGCCCCAGGAGGUGCUAUUGCUUCUGUUCCAAACUGGACUCUGCGAGGAACACAACUCAUGAAUGGCACAUCCAUGUCUUCUCCCAAUGCAUGUGGAGGCAUUGCGUUAGUGUUGUCAGGACUCAAGGCUAAUGAUGUUCAGUACACUGUUCAUUCUGUCAGAAGAGCUUUAGAAAAUACUGCAGUGAAAGCUGAAAACGUAGAAGUGUUUGCGCAAGGACAUGGUAUUAUUCAGAUUGAUAAAGCCUAUGACUACCUCAUUCAGAAUUCAUCGUUCACAAAUAACAUAGGCUUUACAGUUACUGUCGGCAGCAACCGUGGCAUCUACCUCAGAGAUCCUGUCCAGAUAGCGGCACCUUCUGAUCAUGGGGUUGGCAUAGAACCUGUCUUUCCUGAGAAUACAGAAAACACUGAAAGAAUAUCUCUCCAGCUUCAUUUAGCUUUAACUUCCAAUGCGACGUGGGUCCAGUGUCCCACUCAUUUAGAGCUUAUGAACCAGUGUCGACACAUAAAUAUCCGUGUGGAUCCACGUGGCCUGAGAGAAGGACUGCAUUAUACAGAGGUGUGUGGAUAUGAUAUAGCAAUGCCUAAUGCAGGCCCUCUCUUCAGAGUUCCAAUAACUGUGGUUAUACCAACAAGAGUAGAUGAAUCAUCAAGCUAUGACCUGACAUAUACAGAUGUUCAUUUUAAACCCGGUCAAAUCCGAAGGCACUUCAUUGAUGUUCCACAGGGAGCUACGUGGGCUGAAGUGACAGUAAGUUCAUGUUCAGCUGAUGUGACUGCCAAGUUUGUACUUCAUGCUGUUCAGCUAGUGAAACAAAAAGCAUAUAGAAGUCAUGAGUUCUACAAGUUUUCAUCCUUACCAGAAAAAGGAUCAGUGACUGAAGCAUUUCCUGUCUUAGCUGGAAAAACCAUUGAAUUUUGUGUUGCUCGGUGGUGGGCAAGCCUUAGCGAUGUUAGCAUUAAUUACACAAUUUCUUUCCAUGGUGUACUUUGUGCUACUCCUCAGCUAAGCAUGCACGCUUCGGAAGGCAUCGUACGAUUUGAUGUUCAGUCCAUGUUGAAGUAUGAAGAUAUUGCUCCAUGCAUAAAUCUGAAAAGCUGGGUUCAAACGCUCAGACCAGUGAGUGCAAAAAUAAAACCUUUGGGCUCCAGAGAUAUUUUACCAAAUAAUCGUCAACUGUAUGAGAUGAUUUUGACCUAUAACUUCCAUCAGCCUAAGAGCGGAGAAGUAACUCCAAGCUGUCCACUUCUUUGUGAAUUGUUGUACGAAUCUGAAUUUGAUAGUCAACUGUGGAUUAUUUUUGACCAGAACAAAAGACAAAUGGGCUCAGGAGAUGCCUAUCCACACCAGUAUUCUGUGAAACUGGAAAAAGGAGAUUACACUAUUCGGUUACAAAUUCGUCACGAACAGAACAGUGAGCUGGAUCGCAUCAAAGACCUUCCAUUUAUUGUUUCUCACAGGUUGUCUAGUACCUUGAGCUUAGAUAUUUAUGAAAACCAUAGCCUUGCUCUCUUAGGGAAGAAGAAAUCCAACAGUUUGACUUUACCACCAAAACACAGUCAGCCAUUCUUUGUUACAUCUCUGCCUGAUGACAAAAUACCUAAAGGAGCAGGACCAGGAUGUUAUCUUGCAGGAGCUCUUACACUGUCUAAAACAGAACUUGGAAAGAAAGCUGAUGUCCUUACUGUUCACUAUCAUCUGAUACCGUCACCAUCAAAGAGUAAAAAUGGCAGCAAAGAGAAAGAAAGAGAACAGGAAAAAGAAAAAGAUGUAAAAGAAGAAUUUGCUGAAGCUUUGAGAGAUCUAAAAAUACAGUGGAUGACCAAGCUGGAUACCACUGACGUGUAUAAUGAGUUGAAAGAAGCGUUUCCUAAUCAUCUUCCAUUGUAUGUUGCAAGACUUCAUCAGCUGGAUUCUGAAAAGGAACGAAUGAAAAGACUUGAUGAAAUUGUUGAAGCUGCAAAUACUGUAAUCUCUCAUAUUGAUCAGACAGCAUUAGCAGUAUAUUUUGCCAUGAAGACUGAUCCCAGGCCUGAUGCGACUACUAUAAAAAAUGAGAUGGAAAAGCAGAAGACUACUUUGGUGGAUGCACUUUGUCGAAAAGGAAGUGCGCUGGCUGACCAACUUCUUCAUCUGCAGUCCCAAGAAGGGGCUGCUUCCAGUGAUGCAGAAGGCAAAGAUGAGGAUCACGAGAGCUGCUCAGAAGCUUUGACAGAUACAUUCUGGGAAACAACAAAAUGGACUGAUCUUUUUGACAGCAAGGUUUUAACUUUUGCCUAUAAGCAUGCACUGGUAAAUAAAAUGUAUGGGAGAGGUCUCAAGUUUGCCACAAAACUGGCAGAAGAGAAGCCAACGAAGGACAACUUGAAAAACUGCAUUCAGCUAAUGAAGUUGCUUGGAUGGACUCAUUGUGCAACUUUCACUGAAAACUGGCUUCCUGUCAUGUAUCCACCUGAUUAUUGUGUAUUCUAGAAAACCAACAAUUGUAAACUUAAAGUGAUUUUUAUAUGGGGCAGGAUAUUAAAAGAUAAAUUUGACUUUUUAUUGGAACGCAUGUUUUCAUUACUGAAUGCUGAUUAUUAAAUUGUGUGUAUUUAUCAGUAAAGGCACCUGGGUACAGCUUAAUACCUGUUAACCUAACUCCUGUCAUCAGGGAGUUUCCUUAUUGUGCAUCCCAUUGCUGGCAAUGGAUGUGCCAGAACUGCCAACACCAAGAAUUUGGAAUUAGGCUGGAAAGGCUUACUGCAUGCAUGUUAAGUUCUUAACUGUUCCUUUUAAAUGCAAAAAUGUAAAAGCUCUGUAUUUUUUACAGUAAACUGAAUUUUAACAUGUUUGAUCUUAAUUUCAAUUGUAUGAAGGCCUUAAAGCUACUUAAGAGUAGCUAAAAUCUUAUUUAUUGGACUAAAGUAACGGGACAUCAUUACCUGUAUUGUUUGCAAGAGUUUACAUUUAAUUUUUUUAAGAAAAAUCCAACCUCUCAAUCUGUUACAAUGUGUAACUCGGAAUUGCUGA